AUGUAUUUCGCUGUUCUCCUGAUCCCGUUCUUACAAGCGCUCGAACUGCCACUAGCACCUUAUAAUGUAAAAGUGUUCUGUCGACAAGGAAAACGAUACACUCGCAAUGUCCAGACAGCCCUUCAGUGCUCCUCGUCAACCACCGCUUGCGGGUUUUUCGAAUUUAACGGACCAGACAAGUUGAAGGGCAUAAAUAAGAUAGGCAUUUACGAAUGCGUGGACGACGGUAUCCUCCAAACCACAGACGGAGAUUUCGAAGAGGACAAUUCUGAGUUAUUCUCUGAGCUAUGCGGUGCGGUACCUCAAUGUUCAUCCUUGCAUCUCGACUCACUGAACCCUGCAUUUGUGAAAUAUCUGAUAAUCCAUUACGAUAUUCAGCUGGAAGAAUUGACUUCUCGGAACAUUCGUUUCUGUUGUUCUCUGUUCCAUCACACUCUGCAAAAAUUGGUCACUUCCGAGAAAGAUAGGCUGCCCUAUAUUCCUGCCCCUCCGGUUCAUUGCCAGUCAGAAGUGUGCGGUGCAGAAGCGGUCGGGUGCCUUCUACAUUCACUCACUUCCGAUUCCGAGGAGGAAUACGAAGAUGAUAUAAAAAGAACCCGAAGAAAGGUAUCGCAACGUCAGCUCACCAAAAGACAAUCCGAUGACUACGAUGUUGUUGAGCUCUUUUUCGAUUUCGAAGAGGAUCAGGACGAAUCCACAUUUCAAUUCGUUACCAGAUCACCGCCGCAAGCGACAACACUGAAGCCCAUCCGCGCCACUCUGAAAAACCCAGCAGCCACUGUUCGUCUUGCUUCACCUCGAAGCACAACGGCGGUCACUACAACCAGGAAGCGCUCUAAACUAGAGAACGAUGAGCACGGCAGUCACGAAGAAAUGGAGGAGACACAUUGCGUCUACAGGCAUUUGAACGAUGAAAUGUAUCGAUACUGUUUACUGGUGCAUCAAAAGAAGGACGGAGACAGAUGCUACUACCAUGAAGCCCAUACGAUUUGCUGCUGUUUUGUACCUCCAGAUAAGGAGACGUGCGAUCCCAUGGAGUUGGACAUAGUCCGGCCACCGGUGCCGACUAAGCUUCCGGAUAUUCACAUUACUGCUCGUCCUGUAGAAAUUCAGAGAAGUUUGACUCAAACGACUGCCAGCACUACAACGGCAACCACCACUACGACUACAGCGAGUGCGGCGGUAACUACCGUGUCCACCUCUAGACUGACGUCCACGAGAACGAGAACACCUCAUCCGACGCCGAUAGGAAAUCAGCCAAAUAAGAGAUGUCGAAUCACUUACCCUCGGAAGAAGAUCAGCGGUUCGAAGGUGCGUCCGACACUUGUCUGUGAUUCUGCGUGCUCAUCUGUUUCUGAUUUGUUGCUUUGCUCCUUGUUGAUUUAUGUACUCCAAUUCCAAUUGUGA